GGCGGCGGCAGGAGAAGGAGCGGGAGGAGCAGGAGAUGCUGCCAACCCUCCCCGGGCUGCGCUCGCUCUGCCGCUGCCGCCGCCGCUGCCGCACGGAGCAGCCGCGCCGGGGGCCCAGUGCGCCGCGCUCUCAGCCCGUAGCGCCCGGGGCGCUCGCUUGGGGGCCGCGCAGCCCGAGACCGGACCGCGGAUAGAGGGGGCGAGGGCGGCGCCCGGGCGCCCCGGCGUGCACACCGGCAGGAUGAGCAUCGAGAUCCCCGCGGGGCUCACGGAGCUGCUGCAGGGCUUCACGGUGGAGGUGCUGAGGCACCAGCCCGCCGACCUGCUGGAGUUCGCGCUGCAGCACUUCACGCGGCUGCAGCAGGAGAACGAGCGCAAGGGCGCCGCGCGCUUCGGCCAUGAGGGCAGGACCUGGGGGGACGCGGGCGCAGCCGCCGGGGGCGGCACUCCCAGCAAGGGUGUCAACUUCGCGGAGGAGCCCAUGCGCUCCGACUCGGAGAACGGCGAGGAGGAGGAGGCCGCGGAAGCAGGGGCGUUCAACGCUCCAGUUAUAAACAGAUUCACAAGGCGUGCCUCGGUAUGUGCAGAAGCUUAUAAUCCUGAUGAAGAAGAAGAUGAUGCAGAGUCCAGGAUAAUACAUCCCAAAACUGAUGAUCAAAGAAACAGAUUGCAAGAGGCUUGCAAAGACAUCCUGCUGUUUAAGAACCUGGAUCCAGAGCAGAUGUCUCAAGUAUUAGAUGCCAUGUUUGAAAAAUUGGUCAAAGAAGGGGAGCAUGUAAUCGAUCAAGGCGACGAUGGUGACAACUUUUACGUCAUUGAUAGAGGAACAUUCAAUAUUUAUGUAAAAUGUGAUGGUGUUGGAAGAUGCGUUGGUAACUACGAUAAUCGUGGAAGUUUUGGAGAACUGGCCUUAAUGUACAAUACACCCAGAGCAGCUACAAUCACCGCUACCUCUCCUGGUGCUCUGUGGGGUCUGGACAGGGUAACCUUCAGGAGAAUAAUUGUAAAAAACAAUGCCAAAAAGAGAAAGAUGUAUGAAAGCUUUAUUGAGUCACUGCCAUUCCUCAAGUCUCUGGAGGUUUCUGAACGCCUGAAGGUGGUAGAUGUGAUUGGCACCAAAGUUUACAAUGAUGGCGAACAGAUCAUUGCUCAGGGAGAUUUGGCAGAUUCUUUUUUUAUUGUAGAAUCUGGAGAAGUGAAAAUUACUAUGAAAAGAAAGGGUAAAUCAGAAGUGGAGGAGAACGGUGCCGUGGAGAUCGCUCGGUGUUUUCGGGGACAGUACUUCGGAGAGCUUGCCCUGGUCACCAACAAACCAAGAGCAGCAUCUGCGCACGCCAUUGGGACCGUCAAAUGUUUAGCCAUGGAUGUGCAAGCCUUUGAGAGGCUUCUGGGACCUUGCAUGGAGAUUAUGAAGAGGAACAUCGCCACCUAUGAAGAACAGCUAGUCGCGCUGUUUGGAACAAACAUGGAUAUUGUUGAGCCCACUGCAUGAAGCAAAAGUAUGGAGCAGAAAGACCGUUAGUGAGACAGUUGCAUAGUAGUGGUUAGUCCACUGAGGAUGUGUUUGUGUAGAUGCCAAGCAUUUUCUGUGAUUUCAGGUUUUUCCUUUUUUAAACAAAAAAACAUUUACGAUGUAUCAGUAAACAGUAGUGAUUUAAUAGUCAGUAGGCUUUAACAUCACUUUCUAAUGGGUAGUUCACAAAUCAACAUAAUCAUAAAAAUGACUUUCUAUGCCAUAAAAUUAUUUGACUUAAAAAGUUUUAUUCAAAUGGUUAUAAUAUAUUGAGAGCAUACAUGUUUAAGAAGAUGAUUAAAAGAUGUAAACAUAGGCCAAUCUGUGUGUUUGGAUUAUUCGAAUAGUGUAUUAUUGACCAUUUAAGAGGGAAGCUGGUUCGCGAGAUCCAACAUGGCCUCACAUUCUUUUUAUAAUUCAUCAUACAGUAAAAAUGUCAGUCAUUUCAUUGUCUGGUUUUCUGGCUUGAUAAGCUGUUUGUUAGCCUUGGCCUCUUGGUGAAAUGAUGUGAAACAUCAUAUGCAAUUUUUAAAUUUUUUAUAUUUUUGCAAUAAAGUACAUCUUGACUUCUUUGACAAAUGUCAGUCAGUAGCCUAUGUAAUUGAGUGGCUUUUGAGGCCUGGUAAUUUAGUCAUUAUGAUGCCUGGGCAAAGAGUCUUUUAAGAUUAAAGGUCAUAAAUGCAUUUUUCAUCAUCAAAUAUAUAUUAUCACUGCUUCCUUUUUUAUUUUGCAACCCCCUGUAUUCUUUAUAAAUUGCAUUUUGACAUUUAAUGUCAUAAAGGUUUUUUUUUUUUUGCUGUUUUUUUUUUUAAGUCUAUUUAAACUUAAUCUGACUUUGUCCUCUAAAAGUCCCAAAUCUUAUAUUUAGAAAAAGAAUUUUUUUCCUAUCAAGAAAAAGGAAGACUUUCCUAUCAAAAAUUGUUUGGGAUUCUUACCCACGUGCCCCUGGAAUGCUGCUUUGCUCUUUAUGGUCUGAGUGCUGCAGGCCUGUGCCCACGGUUUUCCGUCCUUGUCAUGGUCACCAACCAGCAAGCUCACUCAUCAGCAGCCAAUCAAGCGUGUUAUGUUUUUUCCAACCCUCACAAUCCCUAUUACAGUGGUGGAAAUAGGUUUGUAUAAAGCAGAGCCAUACAUGAUUAGUGGAAUCUCUGUACCACAUCAUCAGGCCUCGUCCUUGGCUUUAAAGUCAAGUCACAGUUAAAAGUACACAAAGAUAAGAUUUUUUUUCUUUGGUCACCAGGAUGCUUAUUUUUAUGCCAAAUAAGAUGAAUUGUUAUAUAUAACCAAAGCAAUAUACUUACAUGAUUUUCAGGCCCUGUGACUAAAUAUCUAGAGACAUCCUCACCAGUCAAUCACCUUUAAAUGGGUAGUUUCAUUUUGGGAAGCAUGUUUCUAAGGAACAGGUAUCUAAGUGUGUUAAAUUCUUAGUGUGUUGUGAUCUUAGAAGAGAAUGUUUAUGGUUAUACCUGUACAAGGAAACAUGGCUAGAAUGUUAGAUAAUGCAUAAACAAGAAGUUAAAGUAUGUUAAGUAUAGCUUUGGCCGUGUUUUAAAAUAUUAGUAUUUUAAAUAUUAGUAUUUAAAAUAUUAGUAUUUUUGCAAAAUCUGUCUGUAGGAAAAAGAGCUCUGUUUACAUGAAGGUAACAUGUUUUCUAUUUCAGAGCUCAGAAGCCAGGUGUUAAACAAGGACAUAUUCCAAAAGCAGAAAGACAAGGAAAAAUCCACCUAAAUUCCUGGUUCAUCAUUCUGUGUUCUUUAUUCACUUUUUCAAGUUCUCUUGUUGCAUUGCAUAAGCUGGUUGUUGACAUUCAUGGAACAGUAAACAAAUGCCUGUUGAAUAAAGAACUCCAACCAAGGCUAUAAAUGCCAGUUAUGUCAUUUUCAGUAUUGUUGGUUAUAUUUAAAUUUUCCUUAUAAUAAAGCACACUUUUAUAAUAAA